AAAUGUCUGACCCUUCCCCUAGGUGCGUGACGUCAUUUAUGUACGGCCCCCCAGGUUCACGAAUGGGUACCCCGACUACGGCCCAUGCUGGUUUCAGGGCCAAACCUCCCCCCGCUAUUCUGGUUCCGGGGCGCCAUCCGCUCGUCCACGAGCCGCUCCGUCUCGCCUGCAGGGAGGCCCCCGGCAGCCUCCCACCUGCAGCUGCUCCAGCAGCAGGAGCAGCUGCAGGAGCCGGAGUCUCUCACGCUGCCGCGUCUUCCUUGGGGCAGACGACGAGGAGGUGGUGGUGGUGGUGGUGGUGGGGGUGGUGGAGGAGGUGGUGGAAGUGGAGAGCCGCCUUCUGUGCUCAUGGAGCCGUGCAUUAAGCUCGAAGAAGACGAAGACGAAGAGAAACCUGGCAGUAAGAUUUGGCUGCCAGUGAAAGUGGAGACGCAAGACUGCAAUGGCUCUGAAGGAACGGACAUUCGUAUAAAAGAGGAGGAAGUUCAGGCUGAUAAGAGUAACCUGGCAAUCAAAGAAGAGAAACCGAGUGUCGAUGGCCGAGACCUUCAGCUCAAACGAGAGACGCGGCAGGUCGAUCGACGGGACCUGCACAUUGUGGAGGUCGACCUUAAAGGUCCGCUGGUUGGCGAUGGUUCAUCUGUGGCAUCUGGAGAGCCACGAUUCUCACGGGGGGACUGUGCGGCAUCAUCAAGGGUUGCGGAGAUUGAAGUGGAGGUGGGCGACGAUGAUGGUGAUGGAAAGGUCGCGAACGGUGGCGUGAAAACGCCCUCCCAUGCAAAAACUGCCAGGACGACCACGACAACAGCUCACACCGAAGAGAGAGCGCGUGGCUGCUCCGUGUGCGGCAAGAGCUUCGUUCGUCCGUCGGAUCUUAAGAACCACGCGAUGAGCCACACGGGAGAGAGGCCCCACGUGUGCUCCGUGUGCGGGAAGGGGUUCAGCCGCCCUUUCUCGCUGAAGACCCACGCGAUGAUCCACACGGGAGAGAAGCCGCACUUGUGCUCCGUGUGCGGCAAGGGCUUCGGCCGCCUGUCCACCCUUCAAAACCACGCCGCCACGCACGCCGGAGAGAAGGCGCACCGGUGCCCGGUGUGCGGGAAGGGGUUCAGCCGCCCGUCGACACUCAAGGGCCACAUGAUGAUCCACGCGGGCGAGAGGCCGCACCGGUGCCCGACGUGUGGAAAGGAGUUCAGAAAGUCGACGCAACUCAAGGGCCACGUGAGGAGUCACACCGGGGAGUGGCUCCACAGGUGCUCCGUGUGCCGGAAGGGUUUCGUCCGCCCAUCGGAACUGAAGAACCACGUGAUGACGCACAUGGGGGGGGAGAUGCCCCACCGGUGUACCGUGUGCGGGAAGCGUUUCUUACUCCCGUCGUACCUCAAGCAUCAUAUGGCCACUCACGACGAGGAGAAGCCGCACAAGUGCUCCGUGUGCAAGAGGGGCUUCGGGUACCUGACGUCGCUGAAGUAUCACAUGAGGGUCCACACGGGGGAGAGGCCGCACAAGUGUCCUCUGUGCGAGAAGGACUUCAGGCACUCGACAGCCCUGAAGAGCCACAUGAUGACCCACACGGGAGAGAGGCCGCACGAGUGCUCCGUGUGCACGAAGGGCUUUUCUGAUCCAUCGAACCUCAAGGUUCACAUGGCGACCCACAGCAGGUGUAGCCGCAGGUGAGGUAGCACAGUUAUCAACCAAAGAUUUUCAAGAAAGACGUCUGUAAGGAGUGAAUCAGUUCUCUCGACAGCUCGAAAUGAAUUGCAAGGAACUGACCAGUUUUCUGCUACAGUAGUUACUUAUUUCAUUGAAAUAAUUAACUAAACUUAAACUAGACUAUUUUUAUUUUACGUGGUAAAGUCCCACUGAGCUAUAAUUAUUUUCUUCAGAAGCGAGCUGGCCACAAAUAGCUCAACGAAUUGGCUUAUCAUCACGUGGAGAUGUAUAGCAGCCAAAUACUCAAAACGCAUGAUGUUGAUUCUAAAUGUGGAUGGAAAAACCGGAGGACCCGGAGAAAAAUCCACGCGACCACGGGAAGAGAGACACGCAAACUCCAAUUAUACAGCAGGUGUAGUCAGGGUCGGGAUAAAACCCACGACCUCAUGCACACCAGACAAGGUAGUAUACAUCUAGCCACCGUGGCACCCAUAAUAGUUUGGCCAUGAAGAGAUGGACGUAUGCUCACCAUGUCGUAUAUAAAAAACAAGUGGAGUGAGAGGCUCUAUGUGCCCCAUGCUGAUGGAUGAAAAGGACAUUGAAAUGGAUGACAUCUAUAGAGCUACCAUGAUAGGCCUGAACAGAGAUCUACACUCAUAACAGAACCCCCCUAAUUAAUCAAAUGGAAAUGCAGUGUGAGGCCAAAAUGUGUCCUCGUCCACUUGGGUAAUAAAGCUUGCAAAAUAACUUUAAAGGUGGUAUGUAUCACAUCAGGACCCUGCGAUCGACAACGGGAGCAGCGGAGUGCAUCGCUGUGAAGUUUCCUUCGUAUAUUUGUGGAUCGGGGCCUUGCGUCGCUAUACGUUAUCGCCGUCUGUUCCGGAUGACCACAGUCGCGCACUGGAGAGUGUUUAACUUUCAAUUUGUGCAUCGAGUAUCCGCAUCUGCUGCCAUGGGUUUGUGCAUUGGAUAUGAUUUAGGGUAGACCAUGAGCUUUGUGAAACAGGGGUUUGACCUGUGUUGGGUCUUUCACAAUGAGGUAUUUGAGAGUUUGUUUUUUAUUGAGGCAAUGCGCUGACCUGUUACAUUGCGCUGUGUGACGCCACGUGUACGCACACCCGUCAGCAUAAACUAAGCCAGUUAUACAAGGCAGGGGAUAGACGGAUGGGGAACGGACCCCGGUGGGGUCCCACCCGAAGAUGUAAACAGUUUUUUUUAAGUAAGGGGGAGAGGAUGACAGGGAAAGAGAAAGGGAUAUAACUGAAACACGCCUGACACAAAGAAAAUAAAAACUUAAGAGGCGA